GCUGAAAUGGCUGCUAUGUGCUGCUCGACCCGUUCAACGUGUGUUCCCUUUUGGCACGUUUGGUUUGUUCCAUUCUGGCUUCGCUUUCUUUUUUCCCAUCUUUCCUUUGAGAACGGUGAAGCCUAAAUCGAUCCAUUAGCCCAGCAACAGCAACAGUAGGCAACGCAGCCAUACCGAAACCCAAGCCAAGCCAAGCCCCUCUUUGCUCUGCUACCCUUUGCGCGUUUGAUGAAGAAAACGCAAGCCAAGCCAUGUGGUUCUGGGCCGUCCCGGGAAACGAAAAGCAUUAUACCUCUCCGGUUUUGCAAAAAGGUGUUAAUAAAAUUGAACGUCAAUUGCUGAAAUCGUGGACCUCAGAAUGAAUACCGAUUUGGUGAGAUGAUUCAUUUUAGUUGGGUGGCUUUUUUCACAUCUCUCAAGAGUUCUAGAGCUCUAGCGACAGGUGACACGGAGUUUCUUGGUAGUCUUUCCGCCCAAAUGACGGCGCAUGCUUGGGCUGCAGGAGGAGAUGUUUUUUGCUAAAUGAAGCAAUGUAUAAAAAUAAUUAAUUUACUACGAAACCUUAAUAGGUAGUUAGUUCAUGAUUCGAUUAAUUGUACGCAAAUAUAUGAGCAUUACUUAAAUGUGAAAACCAUGAAAAACACACCCCCAGAGAGUGGGAAAGCAUUUGCCGGAAGUUGAUGGAAUGCGAAAACGCAACCGGCGUGCUUCGCAUUACCAACACAGGCAAACACCACGUAUCGGUGUGAGGAGGUGUAUACACAAAAACACCCCACGCGCUUUUGCUCAUUCGUCAUAGAUCGAAGCAGCCCUUUCGUUUAUAUAUCUUUUCCUUUCACCCUCUGCUGAAGCACGGCAAGAAAUGUAGCCGACCUGCUUAUUGUUCAGUUAUGUUUUCCACUAAACAUCACCCAAUUCCAAAAGCCUGCAUUCAGACUUGAAGAUGUUAUGUAAUCGGUAUUCAAUAAAGCAGAUGAAUGCCGCGCACCGUUCGGAUUCAAUUCCACGUUUGCUGUACUAAAAACUUCCAGCUCAUCAUCCAGCAGCACAACAGCAGCGCUGUCGGUGACUAUGACAUCGUAGUAGUCGGCGGUGGCAUCGUUGGUACUGCAACGGCCCGUGAAAUUUUGCUCCGACAUCCCACACUGCGGAUCGCGAUCGUGGAGAAGGAACCGAAGCUAGCCUUUCACCAGAGCGGACACAACAGCGGUGUGAUCCAUGCGGGCAUUUACUAUAAACCUGGCUCGCUGAAGGCGAAACUGUGCGUGGAGGGAUUGCAUUUAAGCUACAAGUAUUUGGAUGAAAAGAACGUACCGUACAAGAAAGUGGGCAAGCUGAUUGUGGCCACAAAUCCGGGCGAAGUGGAACGAUUGAAUGACCUGUAUCAACGCUCGCUUGCCAAUAAUGUGCCCGACGUGCAGUUGGUUGACAAGGCCAAGAUCAAGGAGAUCGAACCUUACUGUGAGGGACUGAAAGCGAUUUGGUCCCCGCACACGGGUAUCGUCGAUUGGGGCCUUGUAACGCAGUAUUAUGCGCGCGAUUUUAAAUCCGCCGGCGGAGAUGUGUACGUCAACUUUAAGGUGGCCAAAUUUGCGGAAGCAUCCGACAAUGUUGACUAUCCGAUCGUGGUGCGCAGUGAGAAGGGUGAUGAAAUACGCGCCCGCAAUAUACUGACCUGUGGUGGAUUGCAGUCGGACAAGCUGGCGGAGAUGACCGGUUGUCCGUCGGUCCCUAAAAUUGUCCCAUUCCGGGGCGAAUAUCUGCUGCUCAAUAAGGACAAGUGCCAUAUGGUGCGGGGAAACAUUUACCCGGUGCCGGAUCCACGGUUUCCGUUUCUGGGGGUACAUUUUACGCCCCGUAUGGACGGCAGCGUGUGGUUGGGACCGAAUGCUGUGCUUGCGUUCCGACGAGAAGGCUACAAAUGGUCGGAUAUCAAUGUGCCGGAGUUGAUUGAUGCACUGCGGUUUCCGGGCUUUAUUAAAAUGGCUUCCAAGUUUGUCGGUGCCGGCUUGAUGGAGAUUGCCCGCUCGGCGCUAAUACCGCUGCAGGUGCGUGAGCUACAAAGGUUUAUCCCGGACAUACACGAGUACGAUGUGACGCGCGGUCCGGCCGGUGUGCGUGCCCAAGCACUCGAUAACGAUGGUAAUCUGGUGGACGAUUUUGUGUUCGAUCAUGGGAAGGGCGAUUCGGCCCUGUCGAAAAACAUUCUACACUGCCGCAAUGCUCCAUCGCCCGGUGCAACAAGUUCGCUUUCGAUCGCCAAGAUGAUUGCCGAUAAAAUCGAGCAAGAGUUCCACAUUGGCAAGUGAACCAGAACGCACACAGGAGAUUGUUAAUGUUGGUUGUUGUUAUUAUUGUU